AUGGAGCCGCUAUUCACUGGUGUCUCGAAUAAUGCUCGACACCUCUACACUCUGCUCUCCUGCAUUGGCUUUGCAUCAAAAGCCACGGUUCAGAUCACCCCCGACGGUCUGCGUUUCUCAGCGGAGGAAGGCCGCGUCAUCCAAGGACUAGCCUUCCUCGACAAAUCUCUCUUCACCAGCUACACCUUUAAGCCAUCAAGUGAGCACAGAGAGUCCAGCCAAAAUGAAGACUCCUCCGUUGAAAUGGAAUUCCCCCAUUUUGUCGUGUCGCUAUCCGCUCUCCUUGAGACACUGAAGAUCUUUGGAAUCAACGACUUGGCCGAACCCAAUGGCUCCCGAGACACCAACAUCCCUCAGACCAAUCCAGCUUCAAGCGCAUUCAGUGCACCAGCCCUGCUCAUGGACCGCUCAUGCACCCUUCAAUACGCGCAACAUGGCGCUCCCCUCAGCAUCGCCAUCACCGAAGCAGGUGUGAAAACGACUUGCGAGCUGGUGACGUACGAGCCAGAAGGUGCUGAAACCGACAUUCCACUGCAACGCGAUGCUAUCAUCAUGAAAAUCAUCAUGCGUUCCGCCUGGUUGCACAAUGCCAUUGCCGAACUCGACUCGUCAACUCCUACCGUUCUCAAACUAUCAGCCUGUGCCAACCGGGAACCGUACUUUGCUCUAACGGGUGCUGGCGGUCCCUUCAGCGAAUCCACGGUCGAGUUCUCCAUUGACCAGCAUAAUGAAAUUACUGGCGGUGCUACUCAGGGAGGCGAUGCGUCACAAACCCACAAAAUAUUGACAGAUGAUGGAACUUCGCGCCCCCGCGCUACCAGAGCCAAGGCAGCGCCAACGGUCACUGAGACCUUCCAAGUAUCACCCCCAUCAUCUAUGGGUGAGCGGAUCCGACAGAGCUAUCGGUUUGCACUCAUCAGAAAGGCAGCCCGGGCUAUGGCUGUCGCUAACAAAGUUAGUAUUCGUGGCGAUCGGCAGGGAGUACUAAGUUUCCAAUUUAUGGUUGACCUUGAUGACAAUACACCAACUGGAAGAUCCGUUGGUGCAGGUGUCAAGGCGCUGGCGGGUCCAAGAUGUUUUGUGGAUUUUCGAUUUGUACCGCUUCUCGAUGAAGAGGCUGAGAUGGAUGUACUAGACGAGGAGGAAUAG